GAGCAAUAACUCCCCCUCACCCCAUCACAUGCACCUAUGAUGCCCAAUUCUCCUCUAUUUAAGCCCUUCAACACCACCUCCUUCUUCAUUCAAUCCAACACUCACAUUCUCAAUUCCACAACCAAAUUUCAUUCCUCUCUCAAUCACAAACCAAACCAAGAACUUUCUCUGUUUCAAAGAAAUCAUCAAAGAACCAAUCUUUGACACUUGUUGAACAAAAUGGAGAAUUUGUUUCGCCUAGCUGAUCACGAAGACUUUUUCUCACGCCGUUGCAUUUGGGUCAACGGUCCUGUUAUCAUAGGUGCAGGUCCAUCAGGUCUAGCAACAGCAGCAUGCCUUAAACAACAAGGGGUACCCUUCAUUAUUCUUGAAAGAGCUGAUUGCAUAGCAUCACUAUGGCAAAAACGCACUUAUGACAGAUUAAAACUUCACCUUCCUAAACAAUUCUGUCAACUACCUAACCUUCCAUUCCCUGAUGAUUUCCCUGAAUACCCUUCAAAGAAACAGUUCAUAAACUAUCUUGAAACCUAUGCUAACAAAUUUGAAAUCAACCCACAAUUCAAUGAGUGUGUUCAAUCUGCUAGGUAUGAUGAAACUAGUGGAUUGUGGAGAGUUAAGACCAAUGAAGUUGAGUAUAUUUGUAGGUGGCUUGUUGUUGCUACUGGUGAAAAUGCUGAGUGUGUUACUCCUGAAAUUGAAGGACUUUCUCAAUUCAAAGGUGAUGUUAUUCAUGCUUGUGAUUAUAAAUCAGGUCAAGUUUUCAAAGGAAAGAAAGUUCUUGUUGUAGGCUGUGGAAAUUCCGGAAUGGAACUUUCACUUGAUCUCAGUAACCACCAAGCUUUACCUUCAAUGGUCGUUCGUAGCUCGGUUCAUGUGUUACCAAGAGAAAUAUUUGGAAUAUCAACAUUUGAAUUAGCAGUUAUGAUGCUAAAGUGGUUACCACUAUGGAUUGUUGACAAGCUUCUAUUGAUAUUGACAUGGUUUAUUUUGGGUAACAUGGAGAAAUAUGGUAUCAAAAGACCAUCAAUGGGUCCGUUGGAGCUAAAGAACACAGAAGGAAAGACACCAGUUUUGAACAUUGGUACUUUAGAGAAAAUUAGAUCCGGUCAUAUUAAAGUUGUACCUGGAAUCAAGAGGUUAAAUAAUAAUGAAGUUGAGUUUGUUAAUGGUGAAAAGCUUGACAUUGAUGCUGUUGUUCUUGCUACUGGAUACCGUAGUAAUGUCCCUUCUUGGCUUCAGGAAGGUGAAUUUUUCUCAAAAAAUGGAUACCCAAAGAUGCCAUUUCCACAUGGUUGGAAAGGAAAUUCAGGAAUCUAUGCAGUAGGAUUUACAAAGAGAGGGCUUUCUGGUGCUUCAUCUGAUGCUAUUCAAAUUGCAAAAGAUAUUGGCAAAGUUUGGAAAAAAGAGACAAAACAAAAGAAGCAACGCACUACUGCUUGUCAUAGACGUUGCAUUUCACAAUUCUAAACACACAACUGUUGCUUCUUUUUUAGUCUCAGGAAUUUUUUUGUUGUAUAAACAAAAAUAACAAUAUCUUGUAAAAUAAAUAAACAUAUACUACCAAAAACAGAACACAGAUAGCACACACAGAAACAUAGCCCUCUCCUAAGACCCAAGUUUUUUAUGUGGUUGGUUAGUUUUUUUUAUUAAAACAAAAAAAACAAAACUAAGGAUGAUGAGGCUUUUUCAUUCUUUUGUUUUUAAAGCUUUCCAAUGUACUUCAUUUGUUUGAUAUUUUAUCUUCAUGUAACAAAGUUCCACAGUGCUUCACUGAUCAUUAAUCAAAUUCAAUGUUAGAAUUUCAAUCUCUUA